AUGACUGCGCAGGUCACUCCCUCAAAGCAGGCUGUCUCUGCGAUGCAAUCCCUAAAGAUGGAGUCUCCCGUCAAGAAGCUUGACUUCUCCGCCUCCAACAAGGAGAACGCUCCUUUCGACUCCGACCUCGCCACCCUCGAGGCUGAGAUUGACGCCAACCACAAGCCAACCACUGUCGCGAAGAAGGAGGAAGCGCCCAAGCCCUCUGUGGCGGCUACCAUCAAGGCCCAGGAGGCGGACGAGCCUCUCCUCCAGGAGAACCCCCAGCGCUUCGUUCUGUUCCCCAUCAAGUAUCACGAGAUCUGGCAGAUGUACAAGAAGGCCGAGGCUUCCUUCUGGACGGCUGAGGAGAUUGACCUCUCCAAGGACCUCCACGACUGGAACAACAAGAUCAACGACGACGAGAAGUACUUCAUCUCCCACAUUCUCGCUUUCUUCGCCGCGUCCGACGGCAUUGUCAACGAGAACCUGGUCGAGCGUUUCAGCGGCGAGGUCCAGAUCCCUGAGGCCCGCUGCUUCUAUGGCUUCCAGAUCAUGAUGGAGAACAUCCACUCCGAGACCUACUCGCUCCUCAUCGAUACCUACAUCAAGGAGCCCGCCCAGCGCACUCACCUGUUCAAUGCCAUUGACACCAUUCCCGCCAUCCGCAAGAAGGCCGACUGGGCUCUCCGGUGGAUCACCGACGAGGAGUCCACAUUCGCCCAGCGCCUCGUCGCUUUCGCUGCCGUUGAGGGUAUCUUCUUCAGCGGUGCCUUCGCCUCCAUCUUCUGGCUCAAGAAGCGUGGUCUCAUGCCCGGCCUUACCUUCUCCAACGAGCUCAUCUCUCGUGACGAGGGCCUGCACACCGACUUUGCCUGCCUCCUCUUCUCCCACCUCAACAACCGCCCCAGCAAGCAAGUCAUCCAGGACGUCAUCACCGAUGCUGUCCGCAUCGAGCAGGAGUUCCUUACUGAGGCCCUGCCUUGCGCCCUUCUCGGCAUGAACUCCAACCUCAUGAAACAAUACAUCGAGUUUGUUGCCGACCGCCUGCUCGUCGCCCUUGGCAACGAGAAGGUGUACCGCGCCACCAACCCCUUUGACUUCAUGGAGAACAUCUCGCUCGGCGGCAAGACCAACUUCUUCGAGAAGCGUGUCGGCGAGUACCAGAAGGCUGGUGUCAUGGCCAGCACCAAGAAGGUCCAAGAGGAGGUUGAGGAGACGAAGGGCGAGAACGGCGGUGACUUCACCUUUGACGACGACUUCUAA